CAUCAAGGCUCUUGCUCAGCGCUAUGCUCUCAAAUCAAGACUAGAGUCAAAUCGAGAGAGAAAGAGCUAGCUAGCUGUAGUGUAGACCAUGGUAGACCUACCUGCAGAGAGCUCGAGUCUCGCAAAUAAAUGUAUCGUAUCUCGCAACAGUUCUCGCAGCACAUCUAGCUAAGCGCAGGACUAGCGGUGGAGCUCAUGUGUUGUGAUCCGCCUGGUGCCGUCCGAUACUGUUUGUAGUUGGUUCUACAUAAUAGACUUGAAGUCAAUACUGCUGUGAAACAUGGCUAUGAUUUCAAGAGCUUCCACUCGCAAUCGGCAACGCGCCUCGUCGUCGAUGACGGCGGCUGGGCCAUUUGCCACUGCAUUGCCAGUUGGCACGAAGAAAGUACUGACGGACCCAAGAGGGGCCCAGCCGCCCAAGCACGCACCGAGCGACAAGAAUAUCGUGGAUGCGAAGGCGGGCAAGACCGUCACAGUGGCACGCACGGUGGGUGGUAAGCGGACUGGCGAGACGGCCGUCAUCAUGCCGGAAUCCGAGUGGGACAGAAUCACCGGCACGAUCGAUCGAUCCAGAGCGGUCGACGUCAUGGCGGAGACGACGAGACGCGAUCGUGAAGCGCUCCACCAGACGUCCAACGCUAUGGUGAAGACGUGGGAUAGUACACUGGAAGGGCAGCGCUUAAAACGACUAGAACGGUUGAAGUUGAAGGCAGACAGGGAGGAAGCCAAUCACAAGAGGCUAGAUUUGGAGGAAGCACAACUGCAAGCUGAAAAAAGGAAAGAGGCCAUCGCCAAGGCAAGGGAAGGACUAAUGCAGCAGACAGAUCGGGUAAAGAAGUUCAACGAGGCACUCGUUCUGUCAGAAGUACUGCGCGAAAGAGAAGCGCAGGUGGACUUCAAGAAACGGAAAGAGGUGAGGAAGCAAGGCAUGGAUGCCCAGUACCUGCGACGGAUAGAAGAAGACCGUGUCAAAGCGCUGCAUGAUGAGGCGGAGAAGCGCAAGAAACGCAUCGCUGCCAGCCAGCAAACCGUCGACUACCAGCUGAAACAAAUGCGGGACAGGCACGACAAGGAGCAGGAAGAUAGGCGGCAAAUGCUGCGUGAACAACUAGAGAGUGAAAAGCUAGCAGAGCAGUACUUUGCCGAGCAGAGAGCGUUCGAGGAGAAGCUGUCGGCAGAUAAGAAGGAGCAGCGGCGGAUCUAUGACCUCACACUUGGCGACAAGAAGGCGGCCAUUCACCAGAAGAAGCUCGAAGACGAACUGGAGACUGAAGAGGUGCAGAGGUUUGCCUCGGCUAAGCAGAAGAUGACCAAGCUGCGGAAGCGGCGAGAGCGCGAGAUCCUGCACACGGUGCGGGAGCGGCAGGACGCGAUGUGCCAGCGGCUGCACGGCGCGGCACUGCAGGAACGCGACGAUGAGGACAGGGAAAUUGCAGAAGCCCAGGCCGAGAAGGACCGGCAACGUGAUCAGGAAGCCAAGGAAAAGCAGGACAUGUACAUGCAGAGGCAGCAGGAGAUCGCUGAGCACCGUGAGCGCGUGAUGGAAGCUCAUGAAGAGCAAUUGAAACAAGAAGCCCAGCGCCAGGCAGAGCUCAUGCAGCAGGAAAAACUGAUCGAUCGAAAGUUCCACAUUCAACAGCUAAAAGAAGAGUCGCUUCGCAAAGAGAAGAACCGAGAAUUCCAACAGGCUCAAAUUGGACAAGUUCACGACCUCCUCGGAAAGCAGCAGGCGGAAAUUGACGAGCAACUGAAGCACGACGAGCGUGCUAUGGAGAAACUUGGUUAUGAGGAGAAUGACUUCAAGCGGUAUGCAACACGGACGAUUGGUGAAGCCAAGGAGCGUGGUGCGCCAACCUUCGUCUUGGAGCGCGCUGUGGGUGUGGCUCCUUGUGGUGGCCAUGGACCAGAGCUAACGGAACGCGGUGGGAUAAAGCCAAGCUUCUUGGCCAUGGACGCGUUUGGAACGGAGCUGAAAAAUUUCGGAGCCGCCCGAACCCUGCCCCAUCUUGGUCCAACUGCUCAGGCCAGCCCAAAGAGCAAGCCACCGUCCUUUCCCGGAAACACUAAGAAGAGAGCUGGGUUUAUGUGGUGAUGACGGGCAUUGCAUACCUACAAUGGCAUUGGGCCCGUGGCUGACUGUGCUGGUUUCUUCCGUGUGACUGUGCCCAUGCUAUGCUUAUCACUUGUAGGUGUAGACUCGGCACUGUCAGGUUUGAGUCAGCCACUCAGCCAGGGCUGUGUGCGCUCUCCUACAGCUGUAACAGAUCAGUGAUCGACACUGAGUACCCAUGGCUGGCACUGUGCCGAUCAGUCGCCGGCUGCUGGCCGUGUGGAUGGUGAGAACAAGUCGGUCGGGUGCCUGCUGUGAGCCGCGUGAUGACCUUGAGUAACACUGGCUGUGGAGCGAUUGCAGUUCACAUGUUUAUGACUCAGUCCUGCCACCCUUGCUGAACACCAACGGUCAAAGUCUGUGUAAUUGUACCUGUGAAUAGUGUUAUGCUUCAUAUAUGCUCGUGUUUGACCUUCAGGCGGGAUUGCAAGGAAUAUUCCGCAAGUGCCGCCUUUACUGCAGUAACCAUGUGCGUUUGUCCGCCCCCGCCCCCCCCCCCCCCCGGGCCCCCCACCCACCGCUAAUAAACCCUUUGGCUGUGGUGUCCUGGUCCGGGUCACGAUGUAUUUCCUGUGCCAGUCAGCAACUCCAGCCUCUUCAUGUACAUGCCAUUCCAUGUUUACUGUGUGCCUUGGCGAGCUGUGACACUGACCGCAUCUGUCAUCAGCUAGUCCAUGCCGGGUGGCCUGUACUUCAGCCACGGCGUACUCUACAUAUCUACUCUCUCAGGGCCCGAAUCCGCAAAGGUAGCUGGAGAGUGAAUAUCCUAUCACCACUAUGGCUGUACAUGUACCUGAUUGAGCUGAAUAACUCGUGACUAUUCUGUAGGGACCUUGAGCGCUAUCAUCAUCUGAUUGAGUCAUUGAUAAUGUCCUAGCUAUACUCUGAUAUUGCUGAUAUCGGUGCGGCCUGUAUAAUACAUGUAGCCAGAUGCCUAGAAACGAGGACCAAGGAACUACUACGUGUGUGUGUGACAAGUUGUGCUAUCGAAUGUCCACUAACACCACCAGUUGCUUUACAAUCAGCUCAUGCGAUACACAUUGCACGGCACUGACCAACUGAGCUGAUUGUAAAGUAACUGGUGGUGUUAGUGGAGCCGGAUUACUAGUAUAGCGCAACGUGUGCACUGUGUAGUUCCUUGGUCCUCAUUUCUUCUUGGAAAUCAAUCCUUGGCUCUCCACCCGAGUCUAAGGCUAACCACAAGAUAGAUUGACAUUAUCUUAUUUCUGUUCUUUUUUUCCAAUUAAAGUUGUGGACUUGUUACUGUCUCUUAUUUGUUCUGGUUUCCAGUGCAGCGAUGUGUGACUCAGCGAUGCAACCAAUGCUACGAGUUUUCGAAGCCAUUUUAAGAUACAUGUACAUGUACACGUGGAGGAAUGAAGCCUGAGAACGGUCUGAACUA